AUGGAGAAUAUUUCACGUUCAACGCUGAGCUUCAUAGCGUCCCUGGGAGCGUUUUGUCUUGUGCUGCGCACCGCCAUUGGAGACGCGUCUUUUUCUUUUCCCGAGGAAAUGAAACGAGGCUCGAUUAUUGGAAAUCUGGCUAAAGAUAUGAGUCUGGAUGUGAGGAACCUGGUUGCUCGAAAAGCUCGCCUAGAAACGGGCAAGAACAGCAAAAGGUAUUGUGAUUUAAAUCUGAGUACGGGAGACGUCAUUGUGUCGGACAGGAUUGACAGAGAGGUGCUUUGUGGCAAGAAAUCAUCCUGCGUUUUGAUCCAAGAGCUUGUUUUAGAGGAUCCAUUAGAGGUACAUCGCAUUAGUCUGCACGUUCAAGAUAUUAAUGACAAUUCACCACAGUUUAAAAAAAACACCAUCAAAUUUGAAAUUAGGGAGUCGGCAGUAAAACAUAGCAACUUUCGUUUAGAUGAGGCCUUUGAUGCAGACAUCGGACUGAACGCCAUUCAUGGAUACAGCCUUGAAGAAAAUGAAAACUUCAGCUUGAAGGUUGUGGCAAAAAGUGGAGGGGGGAAAUAUAGUGAGCUCGUUUUAAAAAAGGAGCUGGACAGAGAACAACAGCAGGAGCUAACAGUCGUGCUUGUGGCUACAGACGGUGGAUCUCCUCAGAGAUCAGGUACUGCAGUUAUUCAUGUCUCUGUGCUGGAUGCUAAUGAUAACACCCCAGUGUUCAGUCAGGCUGUUUAUAAAGCCAGUCUGACUGAAAACUCUCCUUUAGACACCGUGGUGGUUACUGUGAGUGCUACGGAUGCAGAUGAAGGAGUUAAUGGAGAUGAUGGUGAUGAGUCCUUUGACCAAAUGGACGUUGGGAUCUUGUUGAUGACACCUGAAGGUGUCUCUCCCCCAACAUCAGAUCUUCACCCGGCCAGCCUGAAAAUCGUCAUUGAGGGUGAAGCUGUUGUGGAAAGGCUGAUGACCCUGCCAGAAGCUGUGGGUCUCCUUUUUGGGCUCACAUAUGGACUCCACCUGAACUACCCCAAGAAAAUCAGAAAUACUCUCCUGGUCAUUCCACAGAUAUUUUUUCAUUUGGAAGUACUGAGUGUAAGCCAAGUAUUCAAACACUGA